CCCCAGACAUUACAGCUCAGUCUCUGUGCUCUCAUCCCACACUCUUUAAUCCCAGCCUUGAGGUUGGCAGCAAAGUCUCUACAGAACCUGGAGUGCAAGUGAUUUCUUAUGUGAAAAUCAAGGAGAAACAAAGAAGAACCAAGCUGGGUCCCACCUUGUCUUUCACCCCUCCUGCCCAGAUACUUAAUCACACUUGGCAGUGCUAUUUCUUUUCGGUAGUGACCUAGAAUUUGGAGAAUCUACAUUCCUUUUUUAAGUAUUCUCUUCUUGUUCAGCUGCAUGCUCUAAAAUGCUGUUCCAAGUACUUUGUGGAUCUGUUUCGCAGUGACGGAAUUGGGAGACAGUUUGUCUGGAGUGACUUAGAGAAAGGGAAAGAAGAUCUGCUGAGGUUUUUCUCUCUGGCUCGAAUCUUGGGUUGAAAUAUUGCAACGUGGAUCUCUAAGCAGAGAGCUAAAACAGGACAGUCUUUAAAAUUCACUAGAAAGAACCGUGGUAAUCAAUACAAGACCAACGUGCAGCUCUAAAUAGUUGUCAGUAUGACUGAGAUUUGACCUAAUUUGGUUGAGAGCGUAAUAUCAGAUCCAUCCUGCUGCCCCAAGAUGGCUACACUGUCUGAGUUUGUUACUGAGCCCAUUGGCAUGAUGUCUCAGUCUCAGACUUCUUCAGCGAGUGAUCACCAAUGCUACUACAAUGAAACAAUAGCUUUUUUCUACAACCGAAGUGGAAAACCUCUUGCCACGGAAUGGCAUACUGUCAACAAGCUAGUUAUGGGACUUGGCAUCACUGUAUGUAUAUUCAUCAUGUUAGCCAACUUACUGGUUAUGGUGGCUAUUUAUGUAAAUCGACGUUUCCACUUUCCUAUUUAUUACUUGAUGGCAAACUUGGCCGCUGCAGACUUCUUUGCAGGACUAGCUUACUUUUACCUAAUGUUUAACACGGGUCCUAACACUAGAAGAUUGACUGUAAGCACAUGGCUACUGCGACAGGGUCUGAUUGACACUAGCUUGACUGCUUCUGUAGCCAAUUUGCUUGCCAUUGCCAUAGAAAGGCACAUUACAGUAUUCAGAAUGCAGCUGCACACCCGAAUGAGCAACAGAAGAGUGGUCGUGGUGAUAGUGGUCAUCUGGACUAUGGCUAUUGUGAUGGGGGCAAUACCAAGCGUUGGAUGGAAUUGUAUCUGUGACCUUGAGCACUGUUCCAACAUGGCUCCACUCUACAGUGAUUCUUACUUAGUCUUCUGGGCUAUAUUCAACUUGGUCACCUUCGUGGUUAUGGUAGUUCUCUACGCACAUAUAUUUGUAUACGUCAGGCAGAGGACUAUGAGGAUGUCAAGGCACAGCUCUGGUCCCAGGAGAAACCGUGAUACUAUGAUGAGUCUACUGAAAACCGUUGUCAUUGUUUUAGGAGCCUUCAUUAUUUGUUGGACCCCAGGCCUGGUUCUGUUACUACUUGACGUGUGUUGUCCACAAUGCAACAUUCUGGACUAUGAGAAGUUUUUCCUACUACUGGCUGAAUUCAACUCUGCUAUGAAUCCCAUCAUUUACUCCUACCGGGACAAGGAAAUGAGUGCCACAUUCAAACAGAUCCUGUGUUGCCAAAGAACAGAAAGUACAAAUGGCCCCCAAGAAGGAUCUGACCGAUCUGCAUCCUCACUUAACCAUACCAUUUUGGCUGGUGUGCACAGCAAUGACCAUUCUGUUGUUUGAACUGGGACAGUGCAGGUCGAAAGUCAGGACCACGUAGACCAUAUUGGAGUGUGUGUGUCACUGCAGGAUGCUGCAGAACCAGCAUAAGGACAGGAACACAUUCUUUUACUAUUCCUCAACAGGCUAACUCCAAACUUAUUGAAAUGAAUGUCUAAUACUGCACAAUAGCAGCUCACCCGUAUAGAACAUGUUUAUGAAAUUUUAAACUGCCGUUUCCAUAGAAAAUAGUUCAAUACAAAACAAAUAGUAAAAAAAAAUUGUAAUAUAAUCCAUGAAAAAAAAGCCUACAUUUUAGUCCCAUCAGCAUGCCUGUGAUGGACGCUGUUUUGGAGUGGUUUGUUAACAUUUCUAUAGCUGCACUGCCUUAAAGGGGGAAAAAAAAAAGGGAAGAAAAUAGAUAUUUUUCUAAUAUAAACAAAAGCAUUGUGCUAGUUUUUGUUGUGUGUAGUCUUUCUCUGUUAUGAUGUUUUAUUUUAUAAAUAUAUAAUUUUUUUUAUUUUGUACUUUUUUUUUUUUUUUUCUAGAUGAGGCAUUUGUAUGACGUUAAAGAAAUGCACAACACCUGUCAUAACCUCUAGACAAAUAAACCGGAUUCCAAGUAGCCAAGAUUAACCUUGUAAUGUGUGCUCGUGUGAUAAUGGGAGCUGUAGUAUAAUAAUGCUGAUUUAGGUAGCAUUCACAUUCGACAAAGUUGUCGCGUUUAUAAAGGUUUCUGAGGGACCAUACUCCUACUUGGCCACCUGGUGGGUUGAAAUCUACAAAUAUGGUAGUCAGUAUUCUGUUACAGGCAUCCUACUGUACAUUUUCUUUGUAGUGCCAAAGAUUUUGGCACGGUUUCAGUAUUUUCUUUGAGUGUAUGGAUUGUGUCUAUUUCUAAGCUUAUCUGAAUAUUUAUAUAAAGUGGAGAGCAACUCUGGUUAUUCUUAUCACUCUUGGCGGAGCAAGAUUUAACUACAGUCUCUCCUCCGCACGGGCACAACUGUAGAAUGUUCAGUGGUUAUGUUCGACCUAGAUCUAGAAGCCUAAUGUUCCCUCUACAUGGGAUGAAGAUCUAGCAGAUUGUCAGGAAGGAAGCGUUCCUUCCCAACAAUCUGCUAAUCGCUAGCAGAGGAGACCAGUGCAUUUACAUGUAGCAAACUCUUCCAGAGUAUGGGGAGGAGUGAUCGCUAAUGCCAUCGCUCUUCCCUGUAUUGUCUCGUUGAUUCACGGCAGCAUAUUGUGUUUACACAGGAUGAUCCGCCACUGGGAAAUGAUCAUCUUUUGUGCUGCACAAAAGAUACAAUUACCCGAUAAACGAGAGUUUUGCUUGUUCAUCGGGUAAUCAGCAUUUAAACCGCAAGAUCGUUGAUAACGAGUGUUACUAGUAACGCUGGUUAGCAAUGAUUGUUUCAACGGUCAGCCGGUGUAAAGGGCCCAUAAGCAGUAGUCUAACAAUAGGUGGUUCAAAGAUUGUGGCUGUGCCUAGACCCAGGUUUAAGAAGGCCCAUAAAAGGAGCCUACUAGUACUAUAAGUUACAUGUGAUAGUUGAGAGGUCCAGUUACAGAUAUUACAGAGUUAUGCCUCCGACAUUACAGCAAGCCACCCACAGGCCGGUCCUCCUCUUCCUUGUUCCAUUUUAAAAUAUUGAAAAUGUGGCACUAAUAAGCAUUGGACCCUAGGGGUUCUAGGAUUAGGCUAUGCAAUAUUUAAGUAUUAUUGGGGAAAUGAAGGAAACAGAAACCUAUUUAAGAUAUUAUGGUGUAGGUAACAAGAUAUUUUUGCAAGACUGGCAAAUUAUGGCUUUCUUUUUAUAUAUUUGCAGGGAGAUACUUCCACCUAAAAUUCAAUCUGAGCAUUAAUAUGCAGAGAAAAUUGACUAUGAUGACAACAAAGAAAAAUGACCCUAUCGCUACAAAAAAGGAGGAUCCCCAAUAUUAAGGGGGGGUUUCCAAGAUUCUGAUAUUAAUGACGUACCUUAGCCUUACUCACUUGAAUGGGACUGAGAUGACCCUAGGACAUGUGACUGGUGAACGUGACAUCACUGAUCUAGGAAGAGGUCGCGGCGUUCACCAAAGCACCGCAGCUUGUUCAAACAGCUGAUCAGCUCAAGAUAGGUCAUCAGUAUCAAAAUCUUUGACAACCCCUUUGACAGUGCUGAUCAGAUUCAGGAAAUUUUUAUGUUGGUUGAUCCAAUGGUUCCAAUCAUUUGCACGUAUUGAUUAUCACAACAUUGUGACUAGAGAUGAGCGAAUUUCCGCUUAUGAAAUUUGUUCACACUUCGUUUGUUGGUAAA